AUGUCCACCAUCGCUGCACCUCGCAAACCCUCUCAGCCCGUUGGCCGUGGACCCGUCAGCUCAACGCCGAGCUCGUCGUCGCGGCCAUCGCUCGACGACACCAGUGGCCAACUACUGCCGACGCGCCAUCGGGCCGCCCUGCGUGAAUAUUACAAUCUCCAGACCACGCCAGCUCCUAGCUCCGACGACGCGCCCGUCGCGCCCAGCGAACUCGAUGCGGCCGACUUCGACGCCGAUGCCUUUGUGCAGCGCGUACUCGCUCACCAGAGCCUUAGCGAAGUGCUCGCCACCUACGAACGACUGCUUGCCGAGCUGCGGGCCCUCGACGCCGAGCGUAAGGCGCUCGUCUAUGACAACUACAGCAAGCUCAUAGCCGCCACUGAUACUAUACGUCGUAUGCGCGAAAGUAUGGCCGCCCGAACCCCCGUCGCCGGCACUCUUGAUGUUGUCAUCGAGCGCAUCUCCGUCAAAGCCGAACGUCUACGCUCGCACGUACAGGAAACCGUUGCGAGCCCAACACCCACAUUAGCCUCAGCCUCGACCGCGCGGCGUAUGGUAAGAGAGGUAGUCCAGCAGUUACUAGAGACGCCAGAGCGCCUAAGAUGUUUGCGUGAGGACGGCAAGCUGGACGAAGCCAGCGAGAUUUGGGAGCGGGCCCGGAAGAUUUUGGAACGAUGGCGGGAGAGAGACAUCGGCGGUCCGGAUGUACUAGAUUGUAUCGAGGACGGAGACGCGGCUCUACGUGGAGAACCACCAAACGAGAAGAGUUGGGCCAGAAUCAACCACAAUCGUGUCACGAUAUAG